AUGGCUGGACCUGAAGAGAGGGGUGGCAGAGGUGCUGGUGGCAGUGGAGAAGCCCAAGCACAAGGCCAAGCCCGUGAUUCAGCCGUGGGGCCCGUGCAACCUACUCUUGGACCUUCUAGGGAUGAACCAAGAGUGUUCGGGCUUGACAAGUUCAACGGUGACAACUUUGCUGAAUGGUCCUUCAGAAUGGAGAAUGUGUUUGAUCACUAUGACCUGCUGGAGGUGAUGGAAGGAACGGAGAAGCGUCCCGAGAACGACUCGGAGAAGAGCCCGUGGGUGCGGAAGAGCGCACAAGGCUAUCUCCUACUUGGGCAAGCGUUGGGGAGCAGCCAAAUCCGUCACAUCAAGUCAUUCCAGCGUGAACCAGAGAAGGGACCAAAGGCAUGGGCUGCUCUCAAGGGUGUACACGCUCCUGCAACAGCGGCGGUAGCGGUGGUGUUGGAACGGCAAAUGGCGACACUACGAAUUGACGAGGAUGAAGCGGUUGAAGAAGGGGUGCAGAAAUUCUUCGACUUGUUGACGCGGCUUGAGGGAGCUGAUUUGAACUACAGUGAGCUCCAGAAGAAGACCAAGUUGCUGGCCUUACUCCCAGAGUCAUGGUCCUCGCUCAUCAUCAACCUCAACCGAGAUCUGCCCCGCCUCUCGCUCGAAGAUGUGAAGCGAGCAAUCCUUCAAGAGGACUUCCGCCGCCGUGAGUUGGCGAGUGCGGAUGGCGCCGGGGCAGCAAGCAUCGGCCGGGGGUACGGCCGUGGAAGAGGCAGAGGACGAGGGGGAGGCAGAUUUGGCAGCAACAACUUCAAUAGAGGCCGCGGGAGUGGCGGUUACGGCAGCGACGACAAGAGCUAUGGACGCGGUCGCGGCCGAUUCGACGGCGAAUGCCAUUAUUGCCACAAGACCGGACACAUGUGGCGCGAUUGCUACAAGCUCCCUGAAGGAUGGACCCCUGCUCAAGGCCAAGAGGGUAGAGGAGCAGGAGGAGGGAGAGGAAGAGGCCGUGGAGGCCGUGGCGGUCGCGGAGGCGGUGCUGCAAAUAUGAAGAACGAAGAUAACGACAAGGGUCCAAGCGACGAUCGGUACCCGGGUCUAUUCUACUUCGUGUCGACGCAAGUACCGGCUGGUCCAGAGAAGGACGAAGGCUUUGAGGAGCCAGCAGCUGUGGGAAAGGUGACCCUACACCCCCUGGAAUUUUGGGUGAUCGAUAGCGGCGCUACCUAUACCAUGACACCUCGCGCGGACUUGCUCACCGAACUUGAACCGUCACCGGUGAAGCAUGUCACAUCGGCUUUGGGGCAGCGAGCAGAGGUGAAAGGCAUGGGCAAGGCCAUGUUCAAUGGUGCUGAUGGGAAGAUGGUGGGCCUCAAGAAAGUGCUUUGGGUGCCCAGCCUUGCAGCCAACCUGAUUUCCGUGCGGCGAUUGGCAAAGGCCGGCAUGGACACGAACUCGAAGGGAGCCAAGACCUACACCGCGAGGCUUGGCGAGCGGACUCUAUGGGACCUUCACGAGGAUAGGGACGUCUACAACGAGAUGUCGCAGAUCCCUGUGGUCCCCAUGCCUAAGGAGAGGCAAGUGGCAGCAAGUGUCAGCACCAAGGGUGAAGCGGGUGGUAGCGGCUACGGCGCGAACGAUGGCGCCAAGGCGAAAGAGUCCAACAAGUGCAAUCUUGGAGGGACCAGCAAGCUGUGUGAACUUAAGGAGAGUGGUGCAGCAGUCAAGAAGCAGCACAAGGGUGAGAAGAACCCCGAGGCAGCAGCGGAGGAGGACAACGGAGAGAGCAUAUGGGGCGCUAUUGCGAGCGCGGCAUUCUCCAAUCCAACUUCGGCUACGGGGGAGUGUGAUUGGCUCACCUUGCAUCGGCGAAUGGGGCAUGUGGCCCUGCCUAUCUUGCAGCAGCUAGUCAAGGGUGAGAUGGUUGCUGGCAUACGCGUGAAGGGGGAGCCCGAUGAGGUACUUGGCUGCCCGACGUGCAUGCAAGCCAAGUUCACCCGUUUCCCGUUCUCUAGUUCGGAGGCGACGACUAAGGCACCGCUUGAUGAGGUGGUGAUGGACGUGGUGGGCCCCCUGAAGCUUCGAGCUGCUGGAGCUGAGUAUUUCCUCACUAUUGUGGACGUCUACACCCGCAUAACUUGGGUGUACGUGCUGGCCAAGAAGAGCGACGUAGCUGAAACGUUGAAGACGGAUUGGUUCCCGAUGGUGGAGCGGCAACAAGACCGUCUAGUGAAGUCGAUCCGCACCGAUCGAGGGGGAGAGUUCCUGAGCAAGGAGUUCGGAUUGUGGCUGAAGAAGAAUGGGAUAAGGCACUCCCUCACCAUGCCAUACUCCCCUGCAAUGAACGGCAUCGCCGAGCGAGCGAACCGGACAAUCACGGAGGCGGCACGCGGGUUGCUCAUUGAAGCCGGGCUACCCGACUACUUCUGGCCUGAUGCGGUGCGGAGUGCGUGUGUGGCCAAGAACAGAGCCUUGACUCAUGUGGGAGCAGACAAAUGGGUGCCCUAUGUGGAGUGGCUAGGAAGGAAGCCAAAGGUGGAUAUGCUUCGGGUGUUCGGGUGCAUGUGCAUGGCGCUCGUGCCUAAGCAUCUUCGGCACAACAAGCUUGGUGCCAAGGCGGUGUGGGCCGUGCACUUGGGCAUGGCUCAAAACAGCAAGGGAUGGCUUCUUUGGGACCCAUUCACCAAGAAGUUCUUGGUGAGCAGGGACUGCAAGUUCAUGGAGAACUUCAUGUACAAGGAUUGGAAGGCGGAGAAUGAGGCGAAGAUAGGCGUGCGGUUUGGGGAGGUGAAGAGUUCCGGUUUGGAGCAUGUGGAGCUGCCUUUGGAGCUGAGCAGCGGCAGCACAACCACGAGGCAAUCCUCCCUUGUGAAUGGGGGAGAGGAGGCCAAUGAUGCAGAGGAAGAAGAGGAGGAGGUGCAGCAAGUGAGCGAGCGUGCACCGUCACUCCCUUCCCGCACUACGAGUGCUCCACGGAUUCGAACCACACCGCAGCAACACCAAGGCCUUCAAGUCCCUGCAGCUGAGGAGGAAGGAAGGGGGAAGAGGAGAGUUCAACCCCCUAAUAGGCUGACCUAUGAUGCGCCGGGAAAGCAGGGCAAGACAGCCCUGGCCGGAGCGGCAAUGAUGGUCGGAGACGACGAGGAGAGUGACUACGAGGAGUGUGCCUUCGCGUUCUUCUCUCCGGUGGAGAUGCCGGGAGAACCAGCAACUCUCAAGGAGGCUUUAGAGAGUAGUGAUGCUGAGGAGUGGAAGAAGGCCAUGGAGAGUGAGCUGAAAAGCAUUGAGGAGAACGACACGUUUGAGUUGGUGGAGCUACCGGAGGGGCGUAAGGCGAUUACGUCCAAGUGGCUCUUCAAGAUCAAGUCCGACGCCGACGGCAAGAUCGAGCGUUACAAGUCUACACUGGUGGCCAAGGGGUACCAGCAAAAGGAGAAGGUGGACUACAAGGAGCUGUUUGCUCCUGUGGUGAAGUCGACGACGCUGCGAACCCUAUUCGCGGGAGCCGCCAUCAAAGGAUGGGUGGUAAAGCAAAUGGACAUCGUAACGGCAUUCCUUAACGGCAUCCUUGAGGAGGAGAUUUUUAUGGCGCAGCCAGAGGGGUUGAUGAUGGACAAGUUCAAGUGCAAGUCCCUUGGUGACGUGAACUUCUACCUUGGGCUCCACAUCGAACGAGACGUGGAGAAGCGGUGCAUGCGGGUGCACAAACGGAAGUACCUGAAGGCGUUGGCUGCCAACUUUGGCCAGAGUGAAGGCCAUGUGGCUACUCCCUUUCCCUCUGGGUUCAAGUGUGUGAAGGGACCAGAGGAGGAGAGCGUUGGUGAAGAGGAGAGGCGCCGUUUUCACUCGUUGGUGGGCAGCCUCAUGUAUGCGGCGGUAAACACUCAGCCGGACGUGGCCUUUGCUACCGGGCAGCUGGCUAGGGUUGUGCAAUGCCCUAAUGAGGAGCAGGUAGCAGCUGGAAUGAGGGUGGCCAAGUAUCUUGGCCAAACACCGACCGUUGGGCUGCAAUACUCGGCGGCGGCGCAAAGGCGCCAAAAGGGCGCGGAUGGUGUAGAACCCGGGCGUUUGUUCCUCACCGCCUACUCGGAUGCUUCAUAUGCAUCGGAACCAGAGGACAUGACAAGUGUUGGAGGGUUCAUUUGCUGUGUUGGUGGAGGCCCAACUGCUUGGGAGAGCAAGAAGCAGGUUGAUCAAGCAUUGAGCUCGGUGGAGUCCGAGUACAUGGCACUCUUCCGUGCCGUGCGGGAGAUUGUGUGGCAGCGGCGUUUGUUGGCUGAAUUGGGGGAGGAGCAGCAAGGACCUAUCCCUCUCUACUGUGACAGCCAGGGUGCCAUUGCUCUUGCUAAGAACCCUGUGUUGCAUGGCCUCACCAAGCACAUGAGGGUGAAGUGGCAUUGGACGAGGAGCAUGGUGGCCGCGGGUGAAGUUGAGUUGCACUAUGUGAAGACGACGGGGCAGCAAGCUGAUAUGAUGACCAAGAGGCUGGUGGAGCAGCAGCAUUGGAAGUGCUGCAAGCUGGCUGGGAUGUCUCUGAACUGA